AUGAAUGGCUUCGACGCUAAAGGUCUCGACGAGGACGCCUUUGGGGAGAAGUCCAAUGUGUCUGGGCUAAAGACCUUCGACGCUUUUCCCAAAACCAAAACUUCUUACACCACCCCCACCCACCGCGGCGGCCAAUGGACGGUCUUGAUCCUGGUUAUCUGCACCGUGUUCGGCCUGUCGGAAUUAAAAACAUGGUGGCACGGCACUGAGCAGCACCACUUCAGCGUGGAGAAGGGCGUCUCCCACCAAAUGCAAUUGAACCUCGACAUAGUCGUCCAUAUGCAAUGCGACGCCCUCCGAGUCAAUAUCCAAGACGCCUCCGGCGACCGCAUCUUAGCCGGCGACCUCUUAAAACGCGAAGACACCAACUGGGGCCUCUGGAUGCAGAAGCGCAACUACGAGAGCUACGACGGCGAACACGAGUACCAGACCCUGAGCCACGAGUCCGCCGACCGUCUAUCCGAGCAGGAGACGGAUGCCCACGCCGGCCACGUCCUGAGCGAGGUGCGCCGGAACACGAAGCGGAAAUUCGCCAAGGGCCCGCGCAUGCGCUGGGGCGACGAGAAGGACUCAUGUCGCAUCUACGGGAGCCUUGAGGGGAACAAGGUCCAGGGGGGACUUCCAUAUCACGGCGCGCGGACAUGGAUAUCGCGAGAUGGCGCCGCAUCUGGAUCAUUCGGGUAUGUUCUUAUUUAUGCUCUUUGGGAUGGCGGAACAUUUAAUUUCUCACAUAUGAUCACUGAGCUCUCGUUUGGUCCUCAUUACCCCUCGCUUCUCAACCCUCUGGAUAAGACGAUUGCCGAGACAAGCGAUCACUACUAUAAGUUCCAAUAUUUUCUCUCUGUGGUUCCCACGCUGUACACUAAGGGCAAGAGUGCCUACGACGCAUACACCAAGGCACCAGCUGCAGCUGAGACGCGCAGUGGUCGGAACACGGUCUUCACAAACCAGUAUGCGGCGACUAGCCAGUCCGAUGCCAUUCCUGAGAACCCAUAUUUUGUGCCUGGGAUCUUCUUCAAGUACAACAUCGAGCCGAUCAUGCUGCUGGUCAGUGAGGAGCGCACAGGCUUUCUUGCGCUGGUAAUUAGGCUGAUCAAUACUGUCUCGGGCGUUUUGGUGACUGGCGGCUGGAUCUAUCAGAUCUCCACCUGGGUUACAGAGAUCGUAGGAAAGAGGCGGAGGCAGCACUCGGAGGGUGUGUUGACUGGCAAGCAUUAUUCGGACUAG